AAACCAUGGGAAACGCAGAAAGUCAAAAUGUAGAGCAUGAGUUUUAUGGAGAAAAGCAUGCCAGCCUGGGGCGCAAGCACACAUCCCGCUCGCUGCGCCUCUCACACAAGACCCGGCGCACGAGGCACGCUUCCUCGGGGAAGGUGAUCCACAGGAACUCCGAAGUGAGCACCCGCUCCAGCAGCACCCCCAGCAUCCCCCAGUCCCUGGCCGAAAAUGGCCUGGAGCCCUUCUCCCAAGAAGGCACCCUAGAGGACUUCGGGAGGCCCAUUUGGGUGGACCGCGUGGACAUGGGCUUGAGACCUGUGUCUUACACCGAUUCUUCUGUCACUCCCAGCGUAGACAGCAGCAUCGUCCUCACGGCAGCCUCUGUGCAAAGCAUGCCAGACUCGGAGGAGAGCAGGCUUUACGGGGAUGACGCUACAUAUUUGGCUGAGGGAGGCAGGAGGCAGCAUCCCUAUACAUCCAAUGGGCCCACUUUCAUGGAGACGGCGAGCUUUAAGAAGAAACGCUCCAAAUCUGCAGACAUCUGGCGGGAGGACAGCCUGGAAUUCUCACUCUCUGAUCUGAGCCAAGAACAUUUAACAAGCAACGAAGAAAUCUUGGGUUCCGCGGAAGAGAAGGACUGCGAGGAGGCUCGGGGGAUGGAAACACAGGCGAGUCCGCGGCAGCUCAGCACCUGUCACCGUGCCAAUUCCCUGGGUGACUUGUAUGCUCAGAAAAACUCUGGGGUGACAGCAAACGGGGGGCCAAGGAGCAAAUUUGCAGGCUAUUGUCGGAAUUUAGUGUCUGAUAUUCCCGAUCUUGCAAACCAUAAGAUGCCACCAGCUGCUGCCGAAGAUACUCCUCCGUACAGUAAUUAUAACACACUUCCCUGUAGGAAAUCUCACUGUCUCUCUGAAGGUGCCACCAACCCACAAAUUAGCCAUAGCAACAGCAUGCAAGGCAGAAGAGCAAAAACAACUCAGGAUGUUAACGCAGGCGAGGGCAGUGAGUUUGCAGACAGCGGGAUCGAAGGGGCCACCACCGACACAGACCUCCUGUCCAGGCGGUCCAAUGCCACCAACUCCAGCUACUCGCCGCCCGCCGGUCGGGCCUUCGUGGGCAGCGACAGCGGCAGCAGCUCCACCGGGGACGCGGCUCGCCAGGGCGUGUACGAGAACUUCCGGCGGGAGCUGCAGAUGAGCACGGCCAACAGCGAGAGCCUGGAGGAGGCGGGCUCCGCGCACAGCGACGAGCAGAGCAGCGGCACCCUGAGCUCCCCGGGCCGCUCGGACAUCCUGCUGACGGCCGCGCAGGGCACGGUGCGCAAGGCCGGAGCCCUGGCCGUCAAGAACUUCCUGGUGCACAAGAAGAACAAGAAGGUGGAGUCGGCCACCCGGAGGAAGUGGAAGCAUUACUGGGUGUCCCUGAAAGGAUGCACACUCUUUUUCUACGAGAGUGAUGGCAGGUCUGGAAUAGACCACAACAGCAUCCCCAAGCACGCCGUCUGGGUGGAGAACAGCAUUGUGCAGGCCGUGCCCGAGCACCCCAAGAAGGACUUUGUCUUCUGUCUCAGCAAUUCCCUGGGCGAUGCCUUCCUCUUUCAGACCACCAGCCAGACGGAGCUUGAAAACUGGAUCACUGCCAUCCACUCUGCUUGUGCUGCUGCGGUCGCGAGACACCACCACAAGGAAGACACGCUCCGCCUCCUGAAGUCAGAAAUCAAAAAACUGGAACAGAAGAUUGACAUGGAUGAAAAGAUGAAGAAAAUGGGUGAAAUGCAGCUGUCUUCAGUCACUGACUCAAAGAAGAAGAAAACAAUAUUAGAUCAGAUCUUUGUUUGGGAGCAAAAUCUUGAACAGUUCCAAAUGGACCUAUUUCGUUUCCGCUGUUACUUAGCUAGCCUCCAGGGUGGGGAGCUGCCAAACCCUAAAAGGCUACUCGCUUUUGCAAGCCGACCAACGAAAGUGGCAAUGGGCCGUCUUGGAAUCUUUUCUGUAUCAUCUUUUCAUGCCCUGGUGGCAGCACGUACUGGUGAAACUGGUGUGAGAAGACGUACUCAGGCCAUGUCCAGAUCUGCAAGCAAGCGAAGGAGCAGGUUCUCUUCUCUCUGGGGUCUGGACACUACCUCCAAAAAGAAGCAGGGACGCCCAAGCAUCAAUCAGGUGUUUGGAGAGGGAACAGACGCUGUAAAGAAAUCUUUAGAGGGAAUAUUUGAUGACAUUGUUCCAGAUGGCAAGAGAGAGAAAGACGUGGUCUUGCCUAGCGUCCACCAGCACAAUCCUGACUGCGACAUUUGGGUCCACGAGUAUUUCACUCCGUCCUGGUUCUGUCUGCCCAAUAAUCAGCCAGCCCUGACGGUCGUCCGGCCGGGAGACACUGCACGGGACACCUUGGAGCUGAUUUGCAAGACACAUCAACUGGAUCAUUCCGCUCAUUACCUGCGUCUGAAAUUUCUAAUAGAAAAUAAAACGCAACACUACAUUCCCCAGCCCGAGGAGGACAUUUAUGAGUUGCUGUACAAAGAAAUUGAAAUUUGUCCAAAAGUUACUCAGAGCAUCCACAUUGAGAAGUCAGAUACAGCCGCUGAUAAUUACGGGUUUUCCCUUUCUUCUGUGGAAGAAGAUGGUGUUCGAAGGCUCUACGUGAAUAGUGUAAAGGAAACUGGUUUGGCUUCCAAGAAAGGCCUGAAAGCGGGAGAUGAAAUUCUUGAGAUCAAUAAUCGGGCUGCAGGCACCCUGAACUCAUCUAUGCUCAAAGAUUUCCUCUUGCAGCCCUCCCUGGGCCUCCUGGUGAGGACCUACCCUGAGCUGGGGGGAGGAGAGGAGCUGCUGGAGAGCCCACCCCACCGAGUGGACGGCCCUGCGGACCUUGGCGAGAGUCCCCUCACCUUUCUCACCAGCAACCCAGGACACGGCCUCUGCAGCGAGCGAGGCAGUAGUGCAGAGACUGCCCCAGAGGAGACGGAAGGGCCGGACUUGGAAUCCUCAGAUGAGACUGAUCACAGCAGCAAGAGCACAGAACAGGUGGCUGCAUUUUGCCGCAGUUUGCAUGAGAUGAACCCCUCAGACUCCAGCCCGUCUCCUCAGGACACUGCAGGGCCUCAGCUGGCAACCAUGCGGCAGCUCUCGGACGCGGAUAAGUUACGCAAGGUGAUCUGUGAGCUUCUGGAGACCGAGCGCACCUACGUGAAGGACUUAAACUGUCUUAUGGAGAGAUACCUAAAACCUCUUCAAAAGGAGACUUUUCUCACGCAAGAUGAGCUUGAUGUGCUCUUUGGAAACUUAACUGAAAUGGUAGAGUUUCAAGUAGAAUUCCUAAAAACUCUAGAAGAUGGAGUGAGACUGGUACCGGAUUUGGAAAAGCUUGAGAAAGUCGACCAGUUUAAGAAAGUGCUGUUCUCUCUGGGGGGAUCCUUUCUGUAUUAUGCUGACCGCUUCAAGCUCUACAGUGCCUUCUGCGCCAGCCACACAAAAGUUCCCAAGGUCCUGGUGAAAGCCAAGACAGACACGGCUUUCAAGGCGUUCUUGGAUGCCCAGAACCCGAAGCAGCAGCACUCGUCCACUCUCGAGUCUUACCUCAUCAAGCCCAUCCAGAGGAUCCUGAAGUACCCGCUUCUGCUCAGGGAGCUGUUCGCUCUGACCGAUGCGGAGAGCGAGGAACACUACCACCUGGACGUGGCCAUCAAGACCAUGAACAAAGUUGCAAGUCACAUCAAUGAAAUGCAGAAAAUCCAUGAAGAAUUUGGGGCUGUGUUUGACCAGCUGAUUGCUGAACAGACUGGCGAGAAAAAAGAGGUUGCAGAUCUGAGCAUGGGCGACCUGCUUUUGCAUACAACAGUGAUCUGGCUGAACCCGCCAGCGUCGCUGGGCAAGUGGAAAAAGGAGCCAGAAUUGGCAGCCUUUGUCUUCAAAACUGCUGUGGUCCUUGUGUAUAAAGAUGGUUCCAAACAGAAGAAGAAGCUUGUAGGAUCUCACAGGCUUUCCAUUUAUGAGGACUGGGACCCCUUCCGAUUUCGACACAUGAUCCCUACCGAAGCUCUACAGGUUCGAGCUUUGGCAAGUGCAGAUGCAGAAGCGAAUGCUGUGUGUGAAAUUGUCCAUGUAAAAUCGGAAUCUGAAGGGCGGCCGGAGAGAGUCUUCCACCUGUGCUGCAGCUCCCCAGAGAGCCGGAAGGAUUUCCUGAAGGCUGUGCAUUCGAUCCUGCGUGAUAAGCACAGAAGACAGCUGCUCAAAACCGAAAGCCUUCCUUCAUCCCAGCAGUAUGUCCCUUUUGGAGGAAAAAGAUUAUGUGCCCUGAAAGGGGCCAGGCCAGCCAUGAGCAGGGCAGUGUCCGCCCCAAGCAAGUCUCUUGGGAGGAGGAGGCGGCGCCUGGCUCGAAACAGGUUUACCAUUGAUUCUGAUGCCGUCUCCGCAAGCAGCCCAGAGAAAGAGUCCCAGCAGCCCCCCGGUGGUGGGGACACUGACCGGUGGGUAGAGGAACAGUUUGAUCUUGCUCAGUAUGAGGAGCAAGACGACAUCAAGGAGACAGACAUCCUCAGUGAUGACGAUGAGUUCUGUGAGUCCGUGAGGGGCGCCGCAGUGGACAGAGACCUGCAGGAGCGGCUUCAGGCCGCCUGCAUCAGCCAGCAGGAGAGAGGCCGGAAAACCCUGGACAGUCACGCGUCGCGCAUGGCACAGCUCAAGAAGCAAGCCGCCCUGUCGGGCAUCAGCGCAGGCCUGGAGAGUGCCAGCGAGGAGGUCAUUUGGGUUAGGCGCGAAGACUUUGCCCCCUCCAGGAAACUGAACACUGAGAUCUGACUGCGUCGCUUUCCGCUUGGAGAAUGUGUGUAGAUACUUGUCCCCGCCCUCCCGUACCGUCGACGAGAAUGUUCCCUUCGGCCGCACUCUUGCACACACGGUUUUGGCAGCUGACUUGGUUCUGAAGCCAUGUAGCCACCCAACUUUGUCAUUUUUAGCAACAACAGCAGAAAGAAUUGUUCAGAAUCCCAAGUAAGCUUGAGUCCUAUCUUCUGUAUAUUAACUAAGGGCUUUUAUUUAUUCUCAAUCAGGGCCUGAAGAAUUAAAAGAAAAAAAAUUCUAUAGCACUGGAAAGCAAAUCACCCCCAGCAGUUUCAGUAUGUACAACAGAUUAAUUUUAGGGGACACACACACACACACACACACACACACACACACACACACACACGAGCUUGCUCUAUCUGAAAUCAAUCUCCUAGGAGGGGAAACCACUUUCAAACACAAAAAGAAACAAAACAUCUGUACAGCUUGCAGUGUUCUUACUCCUGUCCCUUUCAAUGUCUGAGAAUAUCUGUGUAUUUUAAGAAUGUGUGAGGAGAGGGUGGCGAUUUAUGUUUUGAUGAGCCUUUUUUUUUUUCUUCUGUUUUGGUCUAUGGCUGGUCUUACUCUAUGUCACUGUUCGGAAGCUCUAGUUUUGCAUAGAAUUAUAAAGAUGCCAAACUCUUUGAAAAGAGAUCCAAAUUUAUCACUUGAGAAAAAAAGAAAAAGCUAUUUUUUGUAUUUUACCUGAGAUGCAGGGCACAAAUAGAUGAGAAUUUUACAGUGUUAGUGUAACUGAGUCUAAAAAACGAGGAUAUAAUGUUUUACAGAGAGAAUGAGGCAUGGUGAUUUUAUAUUUAUAUACGAAAGGCCACCAAGAAGCUCAUGCUAAGGAUUAACUUUUUUCCCAAGAUUUUUUUUUUCUUUAGUGUUUGAAUCUGUAUUUAUGAUGGGAAUUUGGUUGAAUUAAACAUGACACCUGAGUGGGCAGUGUGUGUUUCUAUUGCACAUGGCAGGGGAGAGGAGCCUCUUUCUCAUGGGGUUGCCUUGGUUGUCAUUGGUUUUCUCAUCAAAAUUGCAUCUUCAUUCAUAGGUUACCUACCCCUUCCCUGACAGUCCAUAACCAAACCUCUUAACAAACCAACCUCUAGAAAAACAUCUGUGUUUAAUACUUUCUUCAUGCCAACAAAACAGGGUAAACAUGCUGAAAACCUAGCAUUCUAAACAGAUAUCCAAAUAAGAACAAAAACAAGUUAUAGCACUUUCAAUUUUUUUUAAAAGGUUUAUAGCUUUUUUUCCUUCCCCCAUUUCGCAAUGUCCACUUCCUAAGAAGAAUUUAAAUAAUAUGAAAACUUUCUUUUUGUGGAAAAUAUCUAUUUGGUGUUUGACACAUCAGUAGGUACUUUAAAGACCUGAAUUUUAUAGUAGCUUUAGGAAUUAUAUUUUAUAAAAAUCAGUUAUGACUUUAUAUUUCCAGACAAUAGAGUUCAGAACAUCAUGCUCUUGUGCUCCUGCUUGCUUGACCUGCUUUCUCCCCUAUGUCCCUCCCAUUUCGGGUUUCCAGGGCUUUGAGCUUGAUCUUUUGAAAGUUUUAUUCUAUUAAAUUUUUGCUAUAUCUUCCGGUUUUCUUAAAAAGCUUUAGAAUGGUUUCUAUACCCUUUGUAUCACUGCAUUGUUCCAUAUCAUCUCCAGUUUGAUUGUGUCCGGAUGGAAAUCUGAAGCAGAGGCUUUGAGUAGUCGCAUUUCCUAGUCCCAGUGCAACGCAUCUAUCUGAAAAUACUGGAAAGUCUGGUGCUUGGAGAGGGUGCCAUUGUCUCUUGUACAUAAGGUCAUGACGUGUCUAUGUCAAAAGUUCUUAUAUAUUUCUUUUAUAUGCUGAAAGAAGGUCUAUUUUUAUGUUUUUAGGUCUAUGAAUGGAACGUUGUAAAUGCCUGUCAACCAAUAAAAAUAAUGAAAAUUGUC